AUCGUGCCCCACCAAACUACGAGACUUUGGAUCGGCUCAGGCAAUGUGACUCGAACGGUGCAGCCCGCAAAAAUUCAACAAGUGCAAAUGGGUGAGACUCGUUCACCUGGCUCACGUCGACACCUUUCUUCGCCAACCGAACCGUUCAGCUUAGGGACCCGCUCUUGAAAGGCGUCUCUGCUCGAUCAAGCGCGCUACGAACUCUGGCGAUGAAUACUACCUCAAGCUCACGUUUGAGCUAGCACGACCUGCCUGCAUCUCAAACCACCAAGAGGAAGACCCCUCAACCACAUCGACGCGAUUGCGAUUGCGACAAGAUGGCCACCAUGACGGAAACCGCGACAAAGGACGAGGGUGACGCGGCGCCUGUCAAGCGUCAAGUUGUCGACAAGUUGCCUAAGCGCUUCAAGCAGCUCAAAUUCGGUAUUCAGUCAAAUCAGGAUAUCGUCAACCAGGCCGUCGUCGAAGUGUCUGACAGAAACAUGUACGACGUCGAGGCUGGACGCGAGCCCACUAAAAAUGGGGUUCUCGACAAGCGCCUCGGCAUUUCUGGCAAGACGGCGCAAUGCGUCACUUGCGAAAUGAAGUUGCAAGACUGCCCCGGCCAUUUUGGGCAUGUUCGACUACCUCUGCCCGCCUUUCACAUUGGCUACAUCCGUUUCACCAUGAUGGUGCUGCAGGAGAUAUGCAAAAAUUGUUCGAGGGUUCUUUUGCCCGAGGCGGAACGUCGGUCAUUUCUCAAGCAACUGAGACAACCUGGAAUGGACAAUAUGCGCCGAACCGCCAUUCUGAAGAAGAUCAAUGAGACUUGUAGAAAGUGCAAGUCAUGCCCUUAUUGUGGUGACGUUAAUGGUCAGAUCCGAAAGGCUGGAGCGCUCAAGCUCGUCCACGACAAGUUUGUAACAUUCAACAAGUCGACGUCUCAGAAGAAGAUGACACCCCAAGCCAAGAUUGACUUCGACAACUCCUUCGCCGAGGCCAAGAAGCACAACACAGAUCUGGAUAAGCACGUGCGCAAGGCUAUGGAAGAUCUAAACCCCCUGAGAGUCUUGAAUCUCUUCAAGCAAGUCAGUGCCACCGAUUGUGAACUUUUGGGUCUCGAUCCGGUUGAGGGCAGACCGGAAAUGUUUCUGUGGCAGUACCUCCCCGCCCCCCCUGUCUGCAUUCGUCCUUCCGUCGCUCAAGAGGGAGCAAGCAAUGAGGAUGAUCUGACAUCACGACUCGGAGAUAUCGUGUGGGCUUGCAGUCUGAUCCGCACCGCGCUGCAGAAAGGAACUGGCCUGCAAACAAUCAUGGAGCAAUGGGAGUUCCUUCAACUUCAGAUCGCGGUCUACGUGAACAGCGAUGUACCCGGGUUACAGAACAGUGGAGUAGGAAAAACCAUGAGAGGCUUCUGCCAACGAUUGAAAGGAAAGCAAGGUCGUUUUCGCGGCAAUCUAUCAGGAAAACGUGUCGACUUCUCCGGCCGAACCGUUAUUUCCCCCGAUCCCAACCUAGGAAUCGACGAGGUGGCAGUGCCCGUGCUCGUUGCUAUGAACAUGACCUACCCGGAAAGGGUCCAGAGAGAAAACAUAGCCAAGUUGAGACAGUGUGUGAUCAACGGGCCAAAGACUUAUCCAGGCGCACAGCAAGUGAUAAAGCAGGAUGGGGACGAAACGUACAAGGUGUCUUUGAGAUUUGGAGACAAGAAAAGAGUGGCUGAGAGCUUGCGCUUCGGCGACGUCGUCGAGCGUCACUUGGAAGACGGCGACAUUGCGCUGUUUAACCGUCAACCUUCGCUGCAUAGACUCAGUAUCAUGAGCCAUCUCGUCAAAGUGAGACCUUGGCGAACAUUCCGCCUCAAUGAAUGUGUCUGCGGCCCAUACAACGCUGAUUUUGAUGGUGAUGAGAUGAACCUCCAUAUUCCACAGACAGAAGAAGCUCGUGCCGAGGCCAUCAACCUGAUGGGGGUAAAGCACAACCUACAAACACCCAAGAAUGGCGAGCCCAUCAUUGCUGCCACGCAGGAUUUCAUCACUGCAGCAUACAUCCUGAGCGGCAAAGACGUUUUCUUCGACCGUAAGACUUUCACAUACGUCUGUAUGCAUAUGAUGGUGGAUGGGGAAACCCACCUGGAUCUACCCCCACCCGCCAUUUUCAAGCCUCAAAGACUGUGGACUGGGAAGCAGGUCUUCAGCGUGUUGAUGCGACCCAACAAGGCGUCUCCCGUCAAGAUUAACCUAGACGCUAAGUGUAGAGAAUUCGUGGCACCGAACAAAUCCUCCUCGGACCCGAGAGAGGCAAAUCGAGCCCCUGACAUGUGUCCACGCGACGGCUGGCUCGUAGUCCGCAAUUCCGAGGUCAUGUGCGGCCGAAUGGACAAAUCCACAGUAGGGUCGGGUAAGAAGGAUUCGAUUUUUUACGUCAUCAUGAGAGAUUUCGGACCGGAUGCCGCAGUCGUCGCGAUGAACCGCCUCGCCAAACUAUGCGCAAGAACGUUGACAAACCAGGGGUUCUCGAUUGGUAUCGGUGAUGUGUUCCCUACAGCAACCUUGACAGCGGAGAAAGAAGUACUGGUGAAAAAUGCUGUUCUCAAGACGGACGAGCUCAUCAACAAGUACAACGAAAAGAAAUUGGAGAAGGCGGCAGGAUGCUCUUUGGAAGAGACCCUGGAGAACAGUAUCUCUGGAACUCUGAGUAAAGUUCGUCAAAACGCCGGAGAUUACUGUAUCAAGACUUUGAGCCCGAACAACGCACCAUGGAUCAUGGCAUCGUCAGGAUCUAAAGGUUCGAACAUCAACGUCGCCCAGAUGAUUGCGCUCGUGGGGCAGCAGAUUAUUGGAGGGUCGCGUGUUGCUGAUGGAUUCCAAGAUCGAACACUUCAUCAUUUCCAUAAGCUCGCUCGUCAACCUGCCGCGAAGGGAUUCGUUGCAAACAGUUUCUACACCGGCCUGAGACCGACCGAGUUUAUAUUCCACGCCAUGUCUGGCCGCGAGGGUCUAGUCGAUACAGCGGUCAAAACGGCAGAGACUGGAUACAUGUCGCGACGUCUCAUGAAGUCACUCGAGGAUCUCUCCACUCAGUAUGACGAUACGGUGCGUACUUCUGGAGGUGGCGUGGUGCAAUUCCAGUUCGGCGCCGACAAGCUAGAUCCCCUUGAUAUGGAGGGUACGGCGGUUCCGGUCAACUUCAAUCGGACUCUCUCGCAUGCGGAGAAUAUCACAUGGAGUAAUGAAGACCGAGCUCUGCUGCCUUUCGAGAUUCUGGAGAUGUGCAACGAUAUGCUCGACAAGGAGCGAGCGCGCUACGAGAGGAAGGGUCUUCUCCAUGGAGAACCACUCUCGUAUGACGACCAGACUGACUAUGGUAUUGAUGAGCAUGAGAGUAGUCGAGGUUUCUUGGCAACAAUCGAGGCUCAUUGUAUCAAUCUAGCCCGCAAGUUGGCUGAAACGAGGAAGAGCGUCGGCCUCAAGGAGUAUUACACCAAGCCAGACGUAAGCGCCGGCACUAUUGACGAAGAGGAGAGAGGAAAAGCUGAAAAAACAUACACGGAAAGAGUUGCUAAAGUUUCCGAACCCACUCUCCGGGCCUUCAUCACGUUGUGCCUGGAGAAGUUCAAGAAGGCGCAUGUCGAACCUGGGCAUGCUGUCGGAGCCGUCGGUGCGCAGUCUAUCGGCGAGCCCGGUACUCAAAUGACACUGAAGACUUUCCAUUUUGCUGGUGUCGCUGGUAUGAGUAUGACGCAAGGUGUACCCCGUAUCAAAGAAAUCAUCAACGCAUCGAAGACCAUCAGCACCCCGAUCAUUAGUUGCCCGCUGGAGAACAAAACGCAAAUUGAGGCGGCGCGCGUUGUGAAGGGUCGCAUUGAGAAAACGUACAUUGAAGACGUGCUUCGAUAUAUCGAAGACGAGUGGGAGUCGAACCGCGCUUAUAUCACUCUUGCCAUUGAUACCGAAGCUCUUGAAAGCAUGCAUCUUGGUAUCGGCAUCUACGAUAUCAAGACUGCCAUUGUCAAGGCUAAGAAAUUGAAAAUCUUACCUGGUGAUCUUCGCGUCUAUCCGGUAGAUGGAACCAUCGAGAUUUCGGUGCACAACCCUGAGGAUUCCGCUGCGAAGCGAACCGUGAGAAGCAAGGUCGCAACUGUAGAGACCAAAGCUGAUUUGCUCACUCGGGUGAGUCACCUGAAACGCGUUCUCCCAAGCGUACCUAUCUCUGGGUAUCCCGAGGCUUUUCGAGCCAUCAUCCAGACCGAUGAAAAACUACUCAACACUGUCCUGGUGGAAGGCUAUGGACUCCGCGACUGCAUGAAUACAGAAGGAGUGGUCGGCACUGAGGUGUGGUCGAAUUCCGUGAUGGAAACCAAGGACAUCCUUGGCAUUGAGGCGGCACGCACCACAAUCGCACAGGAAAUCAACGCAGUCAUGGGUGAAAUGGACAUCGACCCGCGGCAUAUGCAGCUUCUUGCCGACGUCAUGACAUACAAGGGCGAGGUGCUCGGCAUCACACGUUUCGGCCUCUCCAAGAUGCGUGACUCGGUGCUGCAGUUAGCGUCAUUCGAGAAGACGCCUGACCAUUUGUUUGAGGCGGCGGCCGGCAUGAAGGCUGACCGGAUUGAGGGCGUCUCGGAAUGCAUCAUCAUGGGCCAGACAAUGAGUGUUGGUACUGGCGCGUUCCAGGUUGUGAGACGAUUAGGCUUGGAGGAUAAGGACUUUAAGAAGGAGCGUACAACAUUCGAGGAUGCCUGGGGCGAGGAGCAGAAGGAACGCAAGAAGCGAAAGGCUUAAAAGGACACGCAGGAGGUUCCUAAUCGGCUCCAGUAACGGCAAAAAAGAAAAGUGAACGGAUAUAGCAUUGGCGUUGGGGCAUCUGAAGUUAUUGCUUUCCGAAUCGAAGGCCUGACUUCACAAAGUGCCAUGUGUAGCUUGGGGAAGAAUAUUGCUCCGACCUUUAAUAAGUAAGGUAAUGAGUGUCUCGGACACCUAUCUUGUUGAAACAGUCAAGCCCCUGAUCCCUCGCAUAAAUAUAAUGAAGAAACUACUGUACCCUUG